AUGCAGGCCAUCAUGCGCCAGCUGGACCAGUACGGCUACUCGCAGGUGGACGGCUUUCUAGGCGGCUCGGCCAACGGCUACCCAGACCAGCUUCGGAAUGAGAUGAAGAGCAUGUUCGACAAGGGCUGGUUUGAGGAGGAGCCCGAGUCGGAUGCCCAGUUCAAGAUCGGCCCCUAUCGCAUCACGAACCAGGAUCGAGAGCACCGGUUCCGAUACCGCAUCAAGGGCCGCAGUGGCGAAGAGAAGUCAGAAAGGCUUAUCGAGAAUCAGUAUGAUGUUGGCCCCACCAUCGUGAACUUCACCAGAAGUCUCCUUGUCGCCUUUGCAGAGCCUUUGGGGGAGCUGACGGAUGGCGGGCUGUCGAACACGAAGGGUAUAGCCGAGCUCUUCGUGCUUUGUGGCCAAGGAGCCCGGAUGGACCGGCGGGUGAGCAACGUGUAUAGCUGGAACACCGAGCAGGGCUUCGUGCGCGAUCCCCGGAAACUGGUGGCCAUUUACUUCGCAAACCCAAACUAUCGUGAAGAGCAUGGAG